UUCCACUAUCGCGUGUUGAACACGACAAGCAUUUGUGUGCUUUGGUUUGCCAUAGUUGACGAUUUUCUCAAAGAUCUAUCACAGAAAUGGAAGAUUUAAGAGAAACAACAAAUUUUCAAGAUAACAACAAGGUGGCCACAUAUGGCUCAAGGAGAACCCCAAGAGAACACAUUGAUACUUCUCAGAUCUGGAGAAUAUCUGAUGUUAGCACAGAUCUACUGGGCCAGGCAUCAUAUCACAAAAGUGCCAGUGGCGAUGGAGGUAAUGGCAGAGUACAACAAGCAAGUAGGAGUGAAUAUGAGGUUCAUCGGUCACCAAAGCCAUCCACUGGUGAUGACUUGUCUUUGAAAGAAGAUGAUGUGUCACAGGUACAAAGUUGUGUGGUGUCUCCUACACCACAGGAAGGGAGAGGGGAGAAGAGAGGUCAUGUCUUUCAAGAUUUCUGGAAAAAACCUUCUUUGGCAGAAGUGCCAGAAGAAGGCUCCUUUCAUAGUUCAGAGGAGCCGAAUAAAGUGGUAACAUCCCAAUCCCUUAAACCCUCCACCAGUGAGGAAGAAACCAACGAAGGGGAAAGUUUGAAAGAUAAAACGGUUCCUUAUAAGGUUUGAUUUAAAUUUUGUUAUCUCCUCUGAUCAGAACAUGAAAUAUUACUUUUUUUGCUAGUGCUAUUUCCUUUAAGGGACAAUUUUAAUGAGACAAUAUUAAGCUCUAAUGAAAAGCUCUAAUGAGUCCCCAAUGUAAAUGGGGUCAUUCUAAAGUGUGAGCUGGCAAGGCAUACGAGUCAUGCAAGUAAAACAAACUUUUUUUAAGUAACUUUUUUUGGAUGGAAAUACAGUAAAAAAAACAUGAUUAUAGUUUAGUAUUGUUUGCUGCUGGAAAGCUUGCAGGUUAACCCUCAGCAUGCAAGGUUGGAUAAUGGCCACCAUUGUUUAUUGGAAGCGCAAGAGCCUUGGUGAAUCAAAAUGAACAAAUGUUGACUUUCUCUCCCCUCCUCAGAUGGAUUUUCUCUUGCUUCAAUUCUGUGUAUCAGGCAACAUAUUCUUGUCAUUCUUUGCUAGUAUCCAUGUCACUUGUUCUUGUUAAGGCUUUUGUCUUUUUAUGCCCUCUUGGGAUUUUGCAGCAUUGUACAGCAUUGAUGAUGCACGUACAUUCAUAACUAAGCCUCUUUCUUGUAAUGUUGUAGUUCUGUAUAUUCCCCUAAUAACAUCAUUAUAAUUCCCCAGUAUAAAGAGCACCCCAAACACACUUGCACUCUCCGUUAUGUCACCUUUCUUUGUCUACUUUUCUCAUCAGCAUUGUCUACCAUAUUAAGGCACAUUAAGGGUUAUUAUGAGAGGAAUGUCAAUAGAGUGUUUGAAGUAUACAUAAAUGGCUAUGCAGGUGGAAUAUUGACUCCCAGAAAGUAACAGAUCCAGGCUGAACUAGGUUCAGUCAAUAUAUGACCACUAAAGAGGAAAUUUUCCUUUGAACCUGGUGAUGAAUCCCACCCAAUUUCUCACUCAGGCACGUUUACAGACAGUCUUUUUUGGAAUAUAACCCUUGUGGGAAUGCCAAAAAAAAAAAAAACAACUCAUCAAAUUUCUCAGCUUGACUCUUUUGCAUUUCAAGCACAAUGAUAACCCAGCUACUCUUACUUUGGUUUGUGGAUGCACCUCAAGAUCUUUCACUCUGAGUUUGAGUUUACAAGAGUUCCUGCUAGGGGCCAUUGGAAAAAGAGUAAUGGCUUGGAUUGGUUGAAUAUUGUUUUUCUUUUUUUCUCCUCAGAUUCCCCCUUUGCAUUGUCCAACCUGUUACAACAUGAUCAGUUUGGUGUUCCAGAGUUACUCUACACAACCCAGUCCUCUCCUGGACCUCUUG